ACUGGUGACGUAGAUCUCAUGUGACCAGGAGUCGACGUGUGCAGAAGUCCUGCUAGUCUGGUCCUUGUUCCCGUCGGGAUACCAGCCUCCUUCAGCAGUGCAGGCGGUGGUACCUGAGGCCAGUGGAAGGAGUCAAACUUGCAGGCAUUUUUCAGGUCUGUGUUUCUAGCAAGACCCCAAGGUAGAAAAGGAGGAGGAAGAAACUGACCCGGUCAGUGCCAGAAGUCAUUGUAUUCAAAGAGGAAUAAGAAAAAAAAAAAAAAAGGAAGAAAAGAAGAAGGAAGGAAGGAAGAGAGGUAGAUAGAUACAAGAUGAAAUCCUGUCAAAAAAUUGAAGGAAAACCAGAAAAUGAGAGUGAACCAAAGCAUGAGGAAGAGCCAAAACCUGAGGAAAAGCCGGAGGAGGAGGAGGAGCUAGAGGAGGAGGCCAAAGCAAAAGGAGCUUUUAGAGAGAAGCUGAUUCAAUCGCUCCAAGAUUUUAAAGAAGAUAUACACAACAGGCAUUUAAGCAAUGACGAUAUGUGUAGAGAAGUGGAUGAAAUGGAUGAGAUAAGGAGAGUCAGAAACAAACUUGUAGUGAUGCGUUGGAAAGUUAAUCGAAACCAUCCUCACCCUUACUUAAUGUAGUUUACCUUAAUUUGUAUCUGAUAUUAACACUACCAUAUAGCUUGCUUUUUAUUAGCAUUUUCCUCGUAUACCUUGGUCCAUAUUUCUGCUUCUAACCUGUUGCUGUUAAUGAUUUUAGAUGUAUCUCUUAUUAUCUGCAUCUCAUUGUUUAUUGUAUUUUGAACCAAUCUACAAGUCUCUGUCUUUUGGUAAGAGAACUUUACUCAUUUGUAGAAAAGAGGUUCUUGGUAGGAUACAAAAUGGGAAAAGGUUACUAAGUAAUAUGUGAAUAUCUUAUUUUUGAAAGGUAAAAAGGACAAUUGUAUAUUACAUAUAUGAACAUAACCUGUGAAGGAUGACAGAAAGUACAGCUUCUCAGUGGUGGAAUUAUGGAUGAUUUUUCUCCUUUUGCUUAUUUGUAUUUCAUAUAUUCCUAAAAUUAACAUGCAUUAUUAUUGCUAAAAUAAUAAAAUUUAUAACAAAAAGAAGCAA